ACGAAGAUCAUUUACCACCUGGACGAGCAGGAGACGCCGUACCUGGUGAAGCUGCCGAUCCCGGCCGAGCGCGUCACCCUCGGCGACUUCAAGGGGCUCCUCAAUCGUCCCAACUACAAGUUCUACUUCAAGUCCAUGGACGACGACUUCGGGGUGGUGAAAGAAGAGAUCUCGGAUGACAAUGCCAAGCUUCCCUGCUUCAACGGCCGGGUGGUGUCGUGGCUGGUGUCUGCAGAGGGUUCCCAUUCAGAUGCUGGCUCGGUCUGUGCCGAUAACCAGACAGAGCUGCCACCCUCCAUGGAGCGCACAGGAGGAAUUGGAGACUCCAGGCCCCCCUCUUUCCACCCUAACACUGGGGGAAGUCGGGAGAACUUGGACAAUGAGACAGAGACAGACUCGGUGGUGUCAUCGCAGAGGGAACGGCCUCGUCGGACAGAUGGGCCUGAGCAUGCACCCAGGGUGAAUGGGACAGUGAAGGGAGAGCGACGCCGAGACCUGGGUGGGUACGAGAGCUCCUCCACGCUCAUGAGCAGCGAGCUGGAGACCACCAGCUUCUUCGAUUCAGAUGAAGAUGACUCCACCAGCAGGUUUAGCAGUUCAACAGAACAAAGCAGUGCUUCCCGUCUAAUGAGGAGGCACAAGCGACGCCGGCGGAAACAGAAGGCUCCACGCAUUGAGCGGUCCUCGUCCUUCAGCAGCAUCACAGACUCCACCAUGUCCCUGAACAUCAUCACGGUCACGCUGAAUAUGGAGAAAUACAACUUUCUGGGCAUUUCUAUUGUGGGACAGAGCAAUGAGCGUGGGGAUGGAGGCAUUUACAUUGGCUCUAUCAUGAAGGGAGGUGCUGUGGCAGCUGAUGGCAGGAUUGAGCCGGGAGACAUGCUCUUGCAGGUAAAUGACAUCAACUUUGAGAACAUGAGCAACGAUGAUGCUGUGCGGGUGCUGAGGGAGAUUGUGCACAAGCCGGGGCCCAUCACCCUGACAGUGGCCAAGUGCUGGGACCCCAGUCCGCGGGGCUGCUUCUCGUUACCCAGGAUUGCUCCCCAGCGGAUCUGGGCUGGGCCAGACUCUCCAUGCUCCGAUCCGGGUGAGCCCAUCCGGCCCAUCGACCCGGCAGCCUGGGUGUCUCACACGGCAGCGAUGACUGGCACCUACCCAGCGUACGGUAUGAGUCCAUCCAUGAGCACAAUCACUUCCACCAGCUCCUCCAUCACCAGCUCCAUCCCAGAGACCGAACGCCUCGAUGACUUUCACCUGUCCAUCCACAGUGACAUGGCCACCAUUGUCAAAGCCAUGGCCUCACCAGAGUCAGGCCUCGAGGUGCGUGACCGCAUGUGGCUGAAGAUCACCAUCCCCAAUGCCUUCAUUGGUUCGGAUGUGGUAGAUUGGCUCUAUCACCAUGUGGAAGGCUUUACAGACCGCCGUGAGUCCCGCAAAUACGCCAGCAAUCUGCUGAAGGCUGGCUACAUCCGACACACUGUGAACAAGAUCACCUUCUCGGAGCAGUGCUAUUACAUCUUCGGGGACCUCUGUGGAAACAUGGCUAAUCUGUCUCUUCACGAUCAUGAUGGCUCCAGUGGUGCUUCUGAUCAGGACACUUUGGCUCCGCUCCCCCACCCAGGAGCCGCACCCUGGCCUAUGGCCUUCCCAUAUCAGUAUCCACCGCCUCAUCCAUACAACCCCCAUCCCGGCUUCCCUGACCCAGGCUACAGCUACGGAGGGGGCAGUGCAGGCAGUCAGCACAGUGAAGGGAGCCGGAGCAGUGGUUCCAAUCGCAGUGGCAGCGAGAGGAGGAAGGAGAGAGAGAAGACCGGGGAGUCGAAGUCAGGCGGCAGCGGGAGCGAGUCGGACCACACCACGAGGAGCAGCAUGCGGCGCGAGCGUGCGGCUAGCGAGCGCUCGGUGCCGGCCAGCCAGCACAGCCAGCGCAGCCAGCACUCCCUGGCUCACAGCAUCCGCAGCCACCACAGCCAGCAGUCGUACGGGCCACCCGGCCUCCCCCCUCUCUUCAGUCCCCCCAUGUUGCUGAUGCCUCCACCGCCGUCAGCCAUGGGGCCCCCCGGGGCGCCACCAGGCCGUGACCUGGCCUCUGUGCCCCCCGAACUGACAGCCAGUAGACAGUCCUUCCGAAUGGCCAUGGGCAACCCCAGUGAGUUCUUUGUGGAUGUAAUGUGAAGCGCCCGUCCCCUGUCUGUCUGCUGUCCCUCCUUCCCUCUUCUAUCCCUGUCGUUUGUUUCCUAGGACCAGCCCUGGCUUCACCCCUUGUUUUUUUGGGGUUUUUUUUUUUUGUUUCUUUUUUUUUUUGUCUUGAUAACAAAAAGAAAAAAGGGAAAAAAAUAAUAAAUGGAACUAAACCUUGA